AGAGGGUUUAGGGAGCGCGGGGCGGGGACGUCCCCACCCCAAGGCUGAGUGACGCCCGCAGUCACUUCACAAGGCAGAAAUUGUUACCCGGGCAAUAAAAGUCAUCGCGGCUCUAGGACCUUGGGAGUGGGCACAUGGGGGCACGGGGGUGCAGGUGCCAAGCACCAUGGGUUAGGCCCGAGAUCGGAGUCCGGCCGCCCCCCGACAGCAGCCGCCUCCUGCUCCCCGCGCGCCCCGGGCGCCACCAUGUCGGGCGACAAGCUCCUGAGCGAACUUGGCUAUAAGCUGGGCCGCACGAUAGGUGAGGGCAGCUACUCCAAGGUGAAGGUAGCCACCUCCAAGAAAUAUAAAGGGACAGUGGCCAUCAAGGUGGUGGACCGUCGGCGAGCGCCUCCGGACUUCGUCAACAAGUUCCUGCCUCGAGAGCUGUCCAUCCUGCGGGGAGUACGGCACCCGCACAUCGUGCACGUCUUCGAGUUCAUCGAGGUGUGCAACGGGAAGCUGUACAUCGUGAUGGAAGCAGCAGCCACCGACUUGCUGCAGGCAGUGCAGCGAAACGGGCGCAUCCCGGGGUCACAGGCGCGCGAACUCUUCUCUCAGAUCGCGGGUGCUGUGCGCUACCUGCACGACCACCACCUGGUGCACCGCGACCUCAAGUGCGAAAACGUGCUGCUGAGCCCUGACGAGCGCCGCGUCAAGCUCACAGAUUUCGGUUUCGGCCGCCAGGCGCACGGCUAUCCAGACCUGAGCACCACCUACUGCGGCUCGGCCGCCUAUGCGUCACCUGAGGUGCUCCUGGGCAUCCCCUACGACCCCAAGAAAUACGACGUAUGGAGCCUGGGCGUUGUGCUCUACGUCAUGGUCACCGGGUGCAUGCCCUUCGAUGACUCGGACAUUGCUGGCCUGCCCCGGCGCCAGAAGCGCGGAGUGCUCUACCCCGACGGCCUCGAACUGUCGGAACGAUGCAAAUCCUUGAUCGCCGAGCUGUUACAGUUCAGCCCAUCUGCCCGGCCCUCGGCGGGUCAGGUGGCGCGCAAUGGCUGGCUGCGGGCCGGGGACUCCGGCUAG